AUGCGGCGACGCCAGCGCAAGUUCGUCGCCACUGACGGCCCCAGCAGCGCUCCCAACGCGACGCACGACGCGCAAAGUGCACCCGCAACGAUCGCCAGUGCCUUAGGUACGUCUCCCAGUGCGUCGCUCGCUCCUGACGAGUCAGUUGCCGUUGCAGGGAGCUCCACGAUCUACGGGAAUGUCCACGUGCGCCUGGACGUGACCGCCAGCGCGCUCAGUGUGGACGCCACAGGCGCUGUGGCUAUCCUGGCAGGACGGAAAGGACUGCACGUGAUGGCCCUUGAGACGCCGUUCGCGCCGUGGGCGACGUUGCCCCACCAGACGAAGCUCGAGGUGGCCGUGGUCAAGUGCAACCCGCAUACGCUGUUCAAGAGCCACGUGGCCUCUUCGAGCAACCGGAACACACUCAUUUGGGACAUUGCCGAUGCUAUAGAGACAGUGGGAAGUGUGGCGUCCAUUGGACAAGCGCAGGGCGCGUCGAGGGGCUACAAACAGGGUCAGCCGAGCAGCAGGGGCGCGAACGACCGGGUCGGCUCGCAGACAACCGCACAGCCUCUUGUGGCAACGCUGAGGGCUCACACGCGAUCAGUGAGUGACGUUGCCUGGUCGCCGAGGGAGCCCUCGCUGCUAGCGACGUGCUCGGCCGAUGCAAAGACGCUGUUGUGGGACAUGCGGUCACCGCAGAGACCGAUACAGACGUUGAAUGCUUACAACAAGAGUGUAGUCCAAGUCGAAUGGAAUCGAGUGGAUGCGACGUCGUUGGCGACGGCCCACGACGGAGAAGUGAGGGUUUGGGACUUACGAGUCGGCGCAGGGCGAAUGGUAGCUCCCGCAGCUCUGAUUACAGCGCAUAUGCAAAAGAUCUAUGGCAUCGACUGGCACCCAGAGCGGACGUACGAGCUGGUGACGUGCUCGGAAGAUAAGACGGUCAAGUUUUGGAAUGUGACACAGCCCCGCGUUUGUCAGGGGACGCUGAAUACAGGGGCGCCAGUGUGGCGAGCGCAAUACACGCCAUUCGGGGACGGCCUAGUGACGAUCUCGCAACGAAUGGACAACACGAUACGACUGUGGGCACUUUCGCAUGCUGAUGGGGAUAGUCGAGGCAAUGGAGAUAGCGGAAACGUGGCCAAUGCACCAUCGUCUGUCACUGCAGACUUAGUGCAUUCAUUCGCAGGUCAUAAUGAUUUAGUGAGAGGUAUGGCGUGGCGUUGUCGUCCGUCCACAAGUGUGUACCAGCUGGUGUCGUGGUCGAAAGACCAAGAGCUGCGCAUGUGGCAAGUAGAUGUACCACAGCUUGAGGCUUGUGGCUACGACACAGCGUCGUAUCGCGCAGAUGCUGCUCCUUCCGAGAACACCAGCACCACCAAUGCUCGCCUGCACUCGGAUGCUCGUCGUUUGCUGCACGCUGAGUUUGUCGAGAUGCGAGCCCAGCACUCCAAGUACAGCCUGUCGGCUUUGAAAACUGACUUUCUACCGCUCGUGGUGCCAAAGUCAGCAGUACCACUGAGUACGGAGGAGUACACGUUGGGUGGCGACGAUAGAUCGUUGCAAGCCCUCCUUGCGCUCGAAGAAGAGCUUAACAGAGAAUGCACGACCCAGUUGCGUCCAGAGGGCGAAGAAGACGAAGCAUUGUUGUCUGCGAGGGAAAAAGAUGAUGCUCGACCAGACGAUUCGACGAGUACAAACGAACGGUCAACAAGAUCGAGCGGUGCGAGAGCGCUGCCGUGUCCACGUAUCUCAGGCGCAGUUUUCAGCGGGCCCAAUAUGCUGCUGGUGUUUGAUUCGCGGGUGGCAAUCGGUCAAUCUCGCAGCUCCGCAGUGCCAACAGCUGUUGCAGCAGGCAAAGAGGGCAAGCCACCAGUGGCUGUAAACAAGCUACCGCGCACCUACGACGAAUUGCUGGACUUACGAGACUCCCGUUUUGCAACCAAGAAAAACAAGAAGCCACCGGUGCAGCUUCUAUCCUCAGCCAAUAUCAUGGGCUCCAUGGACGUUGUAUCGAACGAUUGGGCAGGACAGCAGCAGCAGCAGUCGCAAGAAUUGGCUGACAGCGGCGUUGUUGUGGGCGGAUAUGGGGAAGACACGGACAAUCGCGCUUGCUCGACUCAUGGAUAUCAUCAUCCGUCAAUGUACUACUCCUCAGCCGCCGGUAAGGGCACAGGUGGAAACGACGAUAUGCUGCGUGGGCUGAAUGAAAUGGACCCUUCCAUUCAGCAAGGAUCCGAGUACUUGAACACGUACUUUUCGAACACAGAGUACCAUUUACCCGACAACAGCCCGGAGCAUCUCUUUUCGAUACCCCCUAGCGCUGCUGUUGGUCUCCAGCUGUCUCCGCGAGUAUCAGUUCGGUCAAACGGUGGAGAACGGUUGAAACGUGUGGAGCAAGCAGCACCAGCGCUCAAUCUUGACCUAAGCAUCAGCGUGACGAUUCUUGAUCUGUCCAAGCUAUGUGGCUUGUCUUCGAUUCUGACGCACCAGACCAACCUCAUGCCACGUGGUGUGACUCCAUCGGCGGUAUCGUCAAAGGCAUGUGCUUCGGCGAGACGCAAAAAGAGUCAGCUUGGAUCUGUCAAUCGCUCGAUGAUCUCCUGGAUGCUUCGAGCUGCGGAGAAUAUGCCUGUGAAGCAUGGGAUCGCACCACAUAAUAACCUGAGCCACGUACUACGGACUCUGUUGACUGAGACUACUGCCGCCGCCAAAGGGCUGAAGGACGACGACGACGCCGUGCUUGACGACUCUUGCAUCGCACUAGCUGCAAGGUGUGCACAAAACUCACAUGCUGCGAUGCUGGCAGGUCGACGCGACUUGCAGCAGGUUUGGUCUUUGCUCGAGAUCUCUGCUGCACCGGAAGUGGAGCUCCCCAUUUACAAGGACAAAAGCUCGUCGGCAUCACUCUCGCUUCGAACGUCGCAUCCUUGGGGUGCCCAUCCACUUGGCAAACGUCUCGUGCAUAAAGUUCUCGACAUGUACGAACAGACAGGUGAUGUUCAGGCGCUGGCAUCGAUUGUGUGCGCGUUGAAGCCAAGCGAGCGCAAGAAACAGUGGGACGAGACUUGUAGAGUGGUCACUCCUUCGGCCAUUACAAUGGAAGAUCAGCUGCCGGUAGUGCGCGAGGGCAGACGCUCGAGCAUGAAAGGCGUGGACACUGGCGUGGGCGUCGGCGUUUCUGGUCAUACUGCAACCUCCGCCAACAGGUUGCGUGUCAGACGCUCGUCAUCGAAUUGCCUGGCGCAGUCGGUAAUGAAGACGGCCGAUGCGAGUGAUGGCCCUCCUGUGAUGCGAGGUACUCGCCGAUCGAGUAGCCACACUGAAAGUCGCUCGCAGGGGCUCUCCGUCGACAGAGACGCAGUGUUUUGUGGGUCGAAGGACUGGCCGCUAGUCAGCAGCGGUAACAGCAGUGCUGCAUCCAGUCGACAGUCGAGCCCCGUCCGAGAACGCACAAUGAGCACUUCUUUUGGACUGAAUGUGGUCAACCGCGAGGCGUUGAACAAGGCGUCCGCACCGACACUUCACACUGGUUGGAAGGUGGACUUUGACCGCAUGGAAAACCCGUUCAAGACAUGGAGCGGGAACUCGAACAAAGACACGUCUCCGCCUCGACUCACGGCUGAAACAUUCCAGUCUCCGAUUCGGAGUGCAAGUGGGAAAUUGCCAGCUCUUUCGCUGGUCGUGACGGCGUCCCCGAGAGUGGGCCCAGCCACGCCUUCUCCCCGCCAUGCCGUGGUCGGGACAAGUACGAGAGAAGAAGAAGUGGACGCGAACGACCGUGUGUUGCUACAGCUGAGCUAUCGAUCGGUGGAGGAGGAGAAGUGUCUGCUGUCGUCGCAUCCCGACGACGAGAAGCGGUACGACGUUUACAAGGAGGCAUACGCAGACGUGCUCUAUCGCUACGGCGCAAUGAACCUGCGCAUCGAAGUGCUCAAGAAAAAGACGCCUAGCGUGCAAGACGCACGUGGCAUUGCCAUGGGGAUGAUCUGCGGCUCGUGCAAUGAGAAAACGAGCGAUCUCGUGUGCACGAGCUGCCGCGAGUUUGCAGUCCGCUGUUCCGUGUGUCAGCUCGUGGUUCGAGGCCAGUCGAUGUUCUGCAUGACGUGCGGCCACGGCGGCCACGCCGCGCACCUUCGCGCGUGGUUUGAGGUCGAAACCGUGUGUCCCACCGGCUGCGGCUGCUGGUGCAAACAAGCGACGGCGGCCAUGCCAGCGUACCAAGCAGAGCACCAGCAGUCGGACCACACCGUCGUGCUGUCGAGGUCGCAUUCGUUCUAG